AUGGCUGUAGCGUUCAGAGACUCUAUAGAAGCACAUGAGAAGCAGCUAGUGAAAAGCAAAGACAAUCAGAAAGUAGUUUUAUUUUCACAAGGCUGCAUAACCAAGUAUGAAGUCACAUGGGGAAAAGCAGACAAUGAAUCUGCAGCUGCAACAUCUUGGACAGCCAACAUCACCAGCUUAUCCCCAGCCACCAAGUACAAGUUUCACGUCAAGACUGAAUAUGUCUCUGGGGAUGUGUUCCAGAGUGAUCCAGCUGAGUUUACUACAGCCAAAACUGAGGCCGAGCCGAAAGAGUGUCAGUGCGACCAUUAUGGGACCAUUGCACCCAGCCUAGGGUGUAACUUGACAGGAAGCAAGUAUUGUAACUGCAAGGAUGGAUAUGAGGGAAGCUUCUGUGAAGUGUGUGCACCAGGAUAUUACAAAACUGCACCACAUUUCCCUUGCCAUCGCUGCCCUUGUGAUCAUUACGCCACCCGUAAGAGGUCUUGUCAGUUUGUGGAAGGUUUCCUGCGCUGCGACAGCUGUGAAGUGGGCUACACCGGAAACAUCUGCCACACUUGUGCCAGUGGUUUCUACAGACUCAACCACCGCUGUGUGCCAUGCUUCUGUACCGGAAACACAGCCCCAGGUGCUGAGCCCAUGUGUUCAGCAACCACAGGAAAAUGUCUACAAUGCCAGCACAAUACCACUGGUGAUAAGUGUGAUCUGUGCCUGCCUGGUUACGUGGGCGAUCCCAUCAAUUUUAAAAACUGCACCAAAGAAGAUGAGGUCAGAGCCAGACACAUGAUCCCUGGAGCCUCCCCCGGUGUUGUUGCUGCCGUUGUGGUCACGUUGCUGCUGAUUGGACUGCUGCUUGUGGCUGCUGUGUGGUUCGCCAGGUUCUACUUCAGGGAGAAGCGGCGAGCUUUCUGGACGGUUGAGAUGAACCGCGACAGUGAUGAUGUAGGUUUCAGCUCGGUUCAAAACCAUGAUGCUCAGAUGGAUGAUGUAGAUCUGUUUCCCAAUCGUAGUGUGCCUGCUAGCGCCGGGAAAUAUUCUAGAUUGCAAGAGGAGUUUUGA